AUGGCAGAAGAUGAUCCAUACUUGGUACGGCAUGAACAAAUGUAUCACUUGGAACCAUUGAAUCGUCCAAUGUUUAACCCAGAAUUAUUUCAACCAGAGAUGCCGUUGCCAACAGCAGAUGGCCCAUACCUUCAAAUAUUAGAGCAACCUAAACAGAGAGGAUUUCGUUUCCGUUAUGUAUGUGAAGGCCCAUCCCAUGGUGGACUUCCUGGUGCGUCUAGUGAAAAGAACAAGAAAUCCUACCCUCAGGUCAAAAUCUGCAACUAUGUGGGACCUGCAAAGGUUAUUGUUCAGCUGGUUACAAAUGGAAAGAACAUCCACCUGCAUGCACACAGCCUAGUGGGGAAACACUGUGAAGAUGGGAUCUGCACUGUGACUGCUGGACCCAAGGACAUGGUGGUUGGCUUUGCAAACCUGGGUAUACUUCAUGUGACAAAGAAAAAAGUAUUUGAGACACUGGAAGCACGAAUGACAGAAGCAUGUGUAAGAGGCUAUAACCCUGGACUUUUAGUGCAUCCUGAUCUUGCCUAUUUACAAGCAGAAGGUGGAGGAGACAGGCAACUCACAGAUCGGGAAAAGGAGAUAAUCCGCCAAGCCGCUCUUCAUCAGACAAAAGAGAUGGACCUCAGUGUGGUGAGGCUCAUGUUUACAGCUUUUCUACCAGACAGCACCGGAAGCUUCACCAGGCGCCUGGAGCCUGUGGUGUCAGACGCCAUCUACGACAGCAAAGCCCCCAAUGCAUCCAACUUGAAAAUUGUAAGAAUGGACAGGACAGCUGGAUGUGUAACUGGAGGAGAAGAGAUCUAUCUUCUCUGUGACAAGGUUCAGAAAGAUGACAUACAGAUUCGAUUUUAUGAAGAGGAGGAAAAUGGUGGAGUCUGGGAAGGCUUUGGAGAUUUCUCCCCCACAGAUGUUCAUAGGCAGUUUGCCAUCGUCUUCAAAACCCCAAAGUAUAAAGACAUCAACAUUACAAAACCAGCCUCUGUGUUCGUCCAACUUAGAAGGAAAUCUGAUUUGGAAACUAGUGAACCAAAACCUUUUCUCUACUACCCUGAAAUCAAAGAUAAAGAGGAAGUGCAGAGGAAACGGCAGAAACUCAUGCCCAAUUUUUCAGAUAGUUUUGGUGGUGGUAGUGGACCUGGAGCUGGAGGCGGAGGCAUGUUUGGUAGUGGCAGUGGAGGAGGGGGUACUGGAAGUACUGGCCCAGGUUAUGGCUUUGCCCCCUAUGGAUUUCCUACGUAUGGUGGAAUCACCUUCCAUUCUGGAGCCACUAAAUCUAAUGCUGGAAUGAAGCAUGAAGCCUUAGGCACCUCAUCUAAAAAAGACCAUGAAGGUUGUGAUGACAGAGAUGCUAUAAGUCUUUCUGGGAAAGUAAUUGAAACCACAGAGCAAGAUAAGGAGUCCAACAAUGGGCAUGAUGAGGUUACUCUGACGUAUACAGUAGGAGUAAAGGAAGAGAAUUGUAGAUUUCAGGAUAACCUCUUUCUAGAGAAGGCUAUGCAGCUUGCCAAGCGGCACGCCAAUGCCCUUUUUGACUACGCAGUUACAGGAGAUGUGAAGAUGCUGCUGGCUGUCCAACGCCAUCUUACUGCAGUGCAGGAUGAGAAUGGGGACAGUGUUUUACACUUAGCAAUCAUCCACCUUCAUGCUCAACUUGUGAGGGAUCUGCUAGAAGUCACGGCAGGUUUGGUUUCUGAUGACAUCAUCAACAUGAGAAAUGAUCUUUAUCAGACACCCUUGCAUUUAGCAGUGAUCACCAAGCAAGAAGAUGUGGUGGAGGACUUACUAAGGGCCAGGGCUGACCUGAGUCUUCUGGACCGCUUUGGUAACUCUGUUUUACACCUUGCUGCCAAAGAAGGACAUGAUAAAAUCCUCAGUAUCUUACUCAAGCACAAAAAGGCAGCACUACUUAUCAACCACCCCAAUGGGGAAGGUCUGAAUCCCAUUCACUUAGCCAUGAUGAGCAACAGCAUGCCAUGUCUGCGGCUGCUGGUGGCCGCCGGCGCAGACGUAGACGCUCAAGAGCAGAAGUCUGGGCGCACAGCACUGCACUUGGCUGUGGAGCAUGACAACAUCUCCUUGGCUGGCUGCCUGCUCCUAGAGGGUGAUGCUCAUGUGGAUAGUACCACUUUUGAUGGAACGACACCCUUGCACAUAGCGGCCGGGAGAGGAUCCACAAGGUUGGCAGCACUUCUCAAAGCAGCAGGAGCAGAUCCUCUGGUGGAGAACUUUGAGCCUCUCUAUGACCUGGAUGACUCUUGGGAAAAGGAUGGAGAGGAUGAAGGAGUUGUGCCUGGAACCACACCUUUAGAUAUGGCUGCCAACUGGCAGGUUUUUGACAUAUUAAAUGGGAAACCAUAUGAGUCAGAGUUUACGUCAGAUGAUUUAUUGGCACAAGGAGACAUGAAACAGCUGACUGAAGAUGUAAAGUUGCAGCUUUACAAGUUGCUAGAAAUUCCUGAUCCAGACAAAAACUGGGCCACCCUGGCCCAGAAAUUAGGACUGGGGAUACUUAACAAUGCCUUCCGGCUGAGCCCUGCUCCUUCUAAAACUCUUAUGGACAACUAUGAGGUCUCUGGAGGGACAAUAAAGGAGCUAGUGGAGGCCCUGAGACAAAUGGGCUACACAGAAGCAAUUGAAGUCAUUCAGACAGCCUUCAGCAGCUUGGGAACAGCAGCCACCAGCUCAGCGAAGACAGUCUCUCAUGCCCACUCAAUGCCUCUCUCUCCUUCCUCAAUAAGGCAGAAAAUAGAUGAGCUCCGAGACAACGAAAGCAUCUGUGACAGUGGCGUGGAGACCUCCUUCCGCAAACUCAGCUUCACAGAGUCUCUGACCAGCAGCAGCUCAUUGCUAACUCUGAACAAAAUGCCCCACGAUUAUGGGCAGCAGGGAUCUAUAGAAGGCAACGUUUAA